UGCGUUUCACUACAAUCUUCAGGUGUCUUUAAACGAAAAAAUAAGGUGAAUCGUCUAAUUGCGACCGUCAACCAAAAACAACUAGCAACCGACUCAACACAGACAUGGCUCACAACUGGGGUUACAAAAGCACAAAUGGACCUCAUACCUGGGCUGAACACUACGCGGAAGCCGCCGGCGAACGUCAAUCCCCCAUCGACAUUCAAACAUCCGAUGUAACGCUCGAUCCUAAACUGAGUAGCCGACAACUGACUUGGAACUGGCCUAAACACACCGUCGACGUAACCAAUACGGGAUAUUGUUGGAAAGCGCACGUACAUGGCGAAGAAUCGAGUCUGGAAGGCGGUCCACUGAAGGACAAGUAUCAAUUAGAACAAUAUCAUUGUCACUGGGGAGUAAACGAUAAUGUUGGAUCUGAACAUCUGGUCGACGGGAAGGCUUAUGCUGCUGAGAUUCACUUCGUUCACUGGAAUACAAAGUACGGCAGUUUUAGCGAGGCAUUAAAGCACGGCGAUGGUCUGGCCGUAUUGGGCGUCUUUGUGGAGGUCGGUAAAGAACACGGCGAGGCAAAUAAUUUGAUCAAGGCCCUAAAUAACAUUCGAUUUAAAGAUGAAACAGUAAAAUUCAACGAUCACCUAGAGCUAGAUCCUUCUAAACUUAUGCCAGUCAACGAACCACGAUCUUAUUGGACAUAUUUGGGUUCGUUAACGACACCUCCUUGCUAUGAGUGCGUGAUCUGGAUCGUCUAUAAGGAACCGAUUCAAAUGUCGCAUGAGCAGCUGGAAGCCUUCCGCGCAAUGUAUUGCGGAGACAAGGAGCAAUGCUGCGCCGCAAAUGAGAUGGCCGAAUGCAUCUUGACAAACUACCGACCAUGUCUUCCGAAGGGUGAACGAUGUGUUCGAGCCAGCUAUACAUAAGUUUCACAAAAGAAGAAAUGUCUAAUUUAAUACUACUUCACUAGUUUCUUCAUCAGAGGGUUGUAAAUUUCACUUGAAUUGUAACAUGUAGAUUGGAUUUUUCCUUGUCCCAAAAAUAACGAAUUCUUAUGUGCCAUUAAACUUAUUUGGCUUUUAGGCUUCCACUGCCAUUCCAUAGAAUGAUUUAAUAGUUUUAGACGUUAAGAACUUCUUACAACCGAAUUUAUACUACAGUUCAAUUAGAGGGGCAGAAAUAAUGUCUGUUUACCUGCUCAUGUUGUACAUCACUGUCAUUAAAUAAUACAAAUCAUAUUGAUCUGAAAUGAAAAAUAAAAUUUAGUUUAAAGUUC